GUUCGGCCUUCUCGUAAUAAAAUGGCGUCAGAGAAAACAGCUGCGCUGAUUGCUCUGGAAGAACAACCUAAAGAAAAAGAAAGCACAACCCCUAAAGCCUUGAUAAGAAACAAUUUUUUUCAUAGGAAGUCAGCACUCAUAACAUGUAUUUUCCUCCUGUUGAUCAUACUAAAUACUGUUCUUCUACUGGUUAUUAUCAUUGGCUCUCACAUUAAAAGCAAGGAUGAAUCACAACAGGUCCAUUACAAUGCAGAAAACUACCAAGAACCCUCAGAAAUUUUUGAGUUGCGCAUAUAUAAUAUUUAUGCACAGAACUUUUCAGACACACUGAAAUUGUUUGAAGAAAUGAGUCUACAUCGCAACCUUUUUUCUAAAGUCUUGGGCUGUUGGACAGGAGAGAUUGGCGCCUCAAUAAAUCAAAUUGUACAGAUAGAGCAGUAUGAUCACUUGGAUCACCGUAAGAAAGUUCAAGGUGAAUUAUCAAACAACAUCAGAUGGCUAACAGGCUUUAUGCGAUAUCUUUUGCCAUCUGUCCAAAGCUGGACCAAUGCUCUGAUGGCACCAGUACCUCAUUCUCAGAUCAACACCACCUUUGACAGUUCCUCAGAAGCUCUUUACAGGCUAGAAAUUCUAAAAGGAUACAAAGCAGCGCCCAGUAAAUCUAAAGACGGUAAUGAGGUUCUUGUUGGUAGAUUUCUUGGUGUGUUUGGAUCCACCAACACUGAAUACAGACUGUGGCGCUAUUCUUCAAUCCACCACCUGCAGGCUUCAUCAUGGAAGAAGAUAUUAUCUAACCCUGAAGAUGGCACAUCUCUCCUAUUGUAUCCUACCAAGUUCUCAGCUUUGAGAUAAACUUUUCAAUACUCAGCUGGCAGCAGAUCUAAUCCACUCAGGCCUUAUUUAUACAUUUACUUAUAUACAUUUCUGUCAGGUUUUUAUAUCUACUUAAGGGGUCAUCCAUUUAUGACGUCAA